AUGAGCACUACCCUGAUUGUCUAUAGUAUUCGCGGUGUGUACACAUAUCAAUUCUACAGCAUCUGGUGCCAUAUCGGUAUCGCGAUUGCUUUCACUCUCAACGCCUCCGCCUCUGCACUGUAUUUAUUUUCCCAGUCCCCGCGCCGCGACAACAUUACCUUUCUGGCGUUUUUCAUCUUUCUCUGGUUUCAGGUCUUUGCCAUUGCAGCUCUUUUUCUUGAUGUCGUUUUCUGGACGAUCCUGUUCGACUUCGAUGGGUCUCCGACUUUUGCCCAGCUAUCUCAACAUGCCGUUAACCUAGUGUUUGUCCUGCUCGACCUCUUGCUCUCGGCUCGCAUGCAAUUCAAGCUGCUUUACGGAGUAGUGUUCAUAGCAUACACAAUUGGAUACCUUACCUUUGCUUGGAUUCGCUUUGCGAUCACGGAUGAUUGGGUCUAUGGGUUCUUGGACUAUACGGAUCAGAGUGCGGGCCUCACUGUCGCGUAUUAUUUUGGAGUGCUGCUUUGGGCGUUUGUAGCGGCUUUCAUUAUGAUUCUGGUUUCGAAACUAAGCCGGUGCCCGUGCGUUACAGCGCGAAAAAAAUCAACAGAGGCUGUGACAAGGGAGGAAAUCGUUUAA